GCCUUCCUCACUUCUCACCUCAUUGGCACUGCUACUUUCUUCUUUUUCUUCUGUUGCAGUUACAUUAAACCACCCAAUUCUCACCUUCACCGGAUUCUUCAUAGUCUUUCUUUCACUCUCCUUUAUGUUUCUCUCAUAGUCCCAUUUUGGAGAGCUAGGUGGUGUUGUUGUGCUUCUUUCAAAACCAGCAACCAUGAUUAAGACCUUGAGCCCUUACGCCAAUACUGCCAAAACGGCUGAGAUUAUGUCUAGGUACCGGCCCAUAGCUCCCAAACCGGAAGCUCCUGUUAGCCCCAUGAGUGAGAACCCGAAGAUCAGGGAAUCUCCUUACCUGAGGAACUUAUGGCCGCAAUUGCAGGCCAGGCCCACUAGAACCAGAAAGAGAGGUAGGACGGCCAUAUCGCCACCCACCAUCAAAAGAUCAAGGACCAAUUUAUUUGGGCUUUCUUCGCCCAGCCAUGUUACAUCCCUUGCGAAAAAUCUGUCUCUGCCUGGCUUUGCCCAUGGGGUUCCCCUUUCAAAUCUGACUGCCCCUAGUGGCAGCUUGGAGAAUCCCACCACAGCACCUCCAAACUUGGUAACACUUCCUCUUCUUCCUUGCACACCAUCGGUUGCUACUGUACCCAACAAAGCAGCUGUACAUGAGCCCAACAACCGUUUGGAAUCAUUCGGAGGAGUGAAGGUCAUAGACUUGAAUGUGGUUGCUGAAAUCCCAGAAGAGAAGAAUCUUCUGUUGCAACUAGAAGGACCUUCCAUUAACAAUGUUAUAGCGCCUCAGCCAGUUCGACCAGUUGCAUCAAGCAUCAGCGUUGGGUACAUUAGCGAAGACUCAAGCUUGACACCUCCUGUGCAAAUCCGCAAGAAACCUGAGGAAGUUGAAGAAGCGAUGGAGUCGGAGGUCCUCCCAGCAGUCAUAUCGGAUUCAAACAACAAAGUGAGGAUGGCGAAUUCUGCUUACAAAGAAAUGGUGGGUCAACCAGAAUGUUCCUGGCUGGAUUCAAUGAUAAACUGUGAUGGAAAAUUCGCCGGCAGCUCGUGCAACAGAAUCUGUGGAGAGGUGAUCCUUCAUUUUGGCGAUUCAGGGGUGCCGAUUUCAUCAAAUGGGUUUUCAUGCUGGGUAAGGAUAGAAUGGGGCAGCCAUGGCAAGAAGAACUCAAUCAAUGCCUUUUGUGAUGUAAUUAGAUUGUCCUGUGAAGCCAAGGACUAUCUCUUUACCUGGAGGUUCCACACCCAUAACAGGGAGACUUCGCAGUCGAGUUGCAAUGCUUGAAUAUUUUAUUUUGUAAACAGGGCUACUUUUAUCUCAAACUGCUCCUUAGUUAAUAGCUAGCUAGUAUGUAUACAUGAGACGACAUAUAAGCAUAGUUUUUGUUGUCUUUUUAUAUCUAUUAAUGUCGAACUUCUACAGAAAACUCA